AUGAUUACCCCAAAGAAGCUUAUCAGGAUGGCAAGAAAGUGGCAGAAGACAGCUGCCAUUGGAAGGAAAACAAUUACUUCAGCAAGGACAAAUUACAAAAAGAUGGCUGCUGCAAGUCAUUCUAAACAAUCAUCAGUGGUUGAGAAAGGCUACUUUGUUAUCUACACAAUUGAUGAGAGACGUUUUGCGAUUCCCUUGGCGUUUCUCAGAAACAGCAUUUUCCAGGAACUCUUAAAGAUGUCUGAGGAGGAGUUCGGACUGCCAAGUGAUGGGCCUAUAACAUUGCCAUGCGAUGCAGUCGUCAUGAAUUACAUUAUCUCCCUUGUGAAACGAGGAUUAUUAGCUAAGGAUUUGGAGAGAGCAGUGCUCAGUUCUAUUACUGGCUAUCGCUUCUCAUCAUACAGUACGUUUUUCCAUGAAGGACAUGAUGACCAACAGUCACUUGUUUGGACAUGCUGA